GAUCAUCUGAGGGAUUCGACUGAAUCAAGAUGCUGCUGAUCAUUGAAGCUCUUCUUCUCAUUUUAGCUGCUCUAGGACAGGAUCACAGAGCUGCUGCUGCAAGAAAGAUAUAUCCAUUGGAUAUUGCACCGAAUUCAGUUGAUGAUCAAUAUGAUGGCUGUACAGUGAAAAUGGCACAUCUGGUGAAGAAAAAAUAUCUAGAGAAGGAAAUCAAUAACUCAACUGAUUUUAGAAAUGCUUGGCAAGAAGGUGAAGUGAAUGCCACAGUACCAGAAGAUAACUUGACAAGGAAUCAUUCAAUCGCCAUUUACGUGUACACCAACCUUAAUUCUAACAUAUACCGCAAUUUUAAUACGGCUGUUCGUAACGGCAAGCAAAACUACACAAACCAGGCAUUUAAAUGGUAUUCACUUCACUUUUUGUUAACCGAUGCGAUAAAGAUAUUGACUGAAACACAGAAGAAAUGCAAGUCAACGUAUCGUGGUACAACAGUUAAUUUCUUUCAAAAUGUUACAGGCAAAAAGGUUCGUUUCGGCUCAUUUACAUCAUCGUCUCUUGAACGUAAAGUAGCACAAGAUUUUGGAAAUACAUCUUGUUUUGAAAUCAAAACUUGUGAAGGUGCUGAUGUGAUCAAAUACUCUAAGUAUCCUGAACAGAAAGAGGUGCUGAUUCCUCCAUAUGAGAAGUUUAAAGUCACUGCUGUCAAGACGAGAAAAUAUCAUAAAAAUCUCUGGUGUGAUACUGUGUACAUGUUGGAAAGCUCUGGGAAAAGAAGUGACCUGAACUGUGCAGUGGCUUUCAAGAAACCAACAAAGUUCCUUAAAAAUACAUCAACAUUUAACACUUCUGCGUUUUGCAGAUGCUUUUAUCGAAAGCUAAUGGCCAGUCAAGGCCAUAUAAACAGUCGGUUUAUAGGCCGACCAUGUGGUUGUCUAGGACAGAAUCAGAUGCUCGUACACCGACUCAAUCUCACUGAUGGAGAAACUCACACCGGCCGUCAAAGUGGUCAGAAACGACGCUGCUGCUGUAGAGUUUGA